AUGCCGUCGGUUCGCAAGAUGAUCCUGAGUCAUGUUAUGUCCGGCAUGUACAAUAAGAUGUGCCGCCGGAAAAAGCUGGAAGGCGAUUUGCUCGAAACCCCGAUGAAGAGAUGUCUUUCCACCUUCGACAUCACGUUGCUCGGUGUGGGUCAUAUGGUCGGCGCCGGAAUUUAUGUACUGACGGGAACGGUUGCGCACGACGCCGCUGGACCCGGAGUAGUUAUUAGCUUUCUUGUGGCUGGCUUCGCUUCCAUUUUGGCUGCGCUUUGUUACGCCGAAUUGGCUGCUCGAGUGCCGAAGGCGGGUAGCGCGUACGUCUAUACUUACGUCUCCGUCGGUGAACUUUCGGCCUUUCUCAUAGGAUGGACCCUCAUCAUGGAGCAUUUGAUCGGCGCGGCGUCUGUGGCGAGGGCUUGGAGUGGAUAUGUGGAUUCAUUAUUAGAUGGUGCGAUUAGCAAUUAUACUCGCGAAGUGACGGGUGACUGGACCAUGAUAAAGCCGUUGAGCAUCGUCCCGGAUUUCCUGGCCAGUGGAUUAUGUUUGGCUUACGCGAUGCUUUUGGGGUUCGGAGUGAAGACCUCAGCGACGGUGAACUCGUUACUGACCAUCGUCAACCUUGCGGUGAUGGGACUGGUCAUUGCUUUGAGUAUUUAUUACGCGGACCUUACGAACUGGAGCAGCCAAAACGGUGGUUUUUUCCCAUUUGGUGCCAGCGGUGUAAUGAAAGGUGCAGCAACGUGUUUCUAUGCCUACGUCGGCUUCGAUUCGAUUGCGGCUUCCGGAGAGGAGGCUCGCAAUCCAGGACGAAGCAUUCCGCUGGCGACGAUACUCUCGAUGGCGAUAGUAACUGUUGGAUACAUGCUGGUCAGCGGGGCUCUGACUUUAGUCGUACCAUAUUGGGAGAUUAAUUCUGUCGCCGCUUUUCCGGAAGCUUUUUCAUCCAGAGGAAUUCCAUGGGCUAAAUAUGUAAUAAGCGUGGGUGCCCUUUGCGGAAUGACGACGACUCUUUUUGGAUCUCUGUUCUCCCUUCCAAGAACAAUGUACUCCAUGGCAAAGGAUGGUCUGUUAUUCGGCUUUCUCGGUCGAAUUAGCGAGCGCACGCAAGUGCCAGUGUACAAUUUGAUCAUAAGUGGACUGCUUAGUGCCUUAAUUGCUUUACUAUUUGAUCUCAAAUAUCUAGUGGAGUUUAUGUCGAUCGGGACUCUGCUCGCGUAUACUGUUGUGGCAAUUAGCGUUAUUCUGUUGAGGUAUGUGCCCGAGCGAUCCUCCGAUGAAUCUAGCGUCGGUACGUUAAGCAGUGGUUGCUCCUCGUCAUCUAUGGAGGAAGUAGACUCCUGCAGCAUGGCAUCUAUGAAAUCCGAAGUGCAGUACAAACAAUUCAGCAAAUUUAAGCCGCAAUACGUCUGGAUGGAAGAAUGGCUAGAUGAUUGUGAUACUCGACAUGUCAUAACCAUUUGUGUGGCUAUCUAUACAAUAGUCUGCGGCUAUCUUGGUGUUCUAUUAUUGGUAGCAUUCGAAGCAAAAUUCCAACUCUCGAUGGGCGAAUAUCUCUUUACAGCAUCCUAUCUUCCACUACCAAUCGGGAGUCUUUUCCUAAUUAACGCCUACAAGCAAAAUCCACCCACUGGAGAAUUUCAAGUACCGUUGGUACCUUUGCUACCUGCGUUAAGCAUUCUGUUCAAUAUGUGUCUGAUAGUGCAUCUAUCGAUACUGACGUGGCUACGAUUUCUCAUAUGGAUGAUACUCGGAAUUUCAAUCUACUGUCUAUACGGCCUUUACUACAGUAAAGAAGCCAUCGCUACUCCAAACUCGUAUUCCGUUCUAAUGGCCACCUCAGAAGCUGAAAAAGGUACAAAGUGGGGAUCUACGUUACGAGUUAGUCCAAAGAAUGAUAAAACACCUGUUUUGAACGAUAAGGAAUGUGUUGACUAGAAAUAAGUUAUACAUUUUUAUCAAUUGUUUUCCUUUUCUAGUUCGCCAGUGGAGCCGCGGAAGUAGCUAAUUAAAAUUUAAAAUUGAAAUAAUGUUUAAGCUGUC